UUUUAUCCAUCUUCGUAACGUCAUCGAUUUCGGUCAAUCUCUUUGACGGCAGGUGCAUAAUGAAUCAGUAUUUAUUGGUUAAAUAGUCGUUUCAACCGGAUGCCUAUUAGUCGCUAUGCAAAGACAGCUUGAGAAGUAUAACCUGCAGCCCAAUAACAAUAUGCUACCAUUCGGCAUUGUCUUAACGAUUACAUCAAUUAUGGUAAUCGCGUCGUCCGUCGAAUCCUUCGUCUUCGACUCUUGCGAACGUACUAAUUUGACAAAACAAGAAUGUGUGGGAAAAGUAAUAAUGGACACGCUCAGCAAGGCCAAUGAAGAUCCAGCCAACUUUUUUAAGUUCAACGAAUUAGACAACGGUAGCGGCAUAUUACGAUUGAUCAAACUGAAAUUCGACGACAAUUCCACCAGUGGAGUGCGUAGGUUUCAAUUAAAAGAAGAAGAAACAAGGUCGUCAAAAAAUGGAGAUUUCUGGGACUUGUUUAUGUCUGUCAUAGAGAAACUGACACAUUACAGUAGUGACCACGGUGUGUUGGUGUCUCUGCCACAGUGGUCGAGAGAAUUUCCUCCCGUUGCAGUAGUGAAUGAGGAUGACAUCUUUCAAGUAGUUAACGAGAUGGUUUACCAAAUUACAGGUCGGGGUAAGCACAAGAAAUUUGCACUGCUAUUUCCACUGCUGGCUACGUUCAAAUUUUUGGUGAUCAAGGCUCUUCUAGUGCCCAUACUAAUCACUGUCAUGAUAAUCAAGAAAAUGUUAGUACUCGGCGUCAUGGCUCUACCCACCUUAUUGACCAUGUUGCGGUUCUGUCGGAAUCCCAAUUUCGGCGGAUUCGGCUUGGGCAACUUGAUGGCAACCGGUGCAGUGGGACCCGUAGGUCAGACAGCAGCAUUUGCUCCUCUCGCGGCUGCCGACAUGUCUGGCGACUAUUCCAACUACGUUCAACAGGCGACUGCCGCAUCUCAUCAUCCAAAUGGCUUUAAAGAUUAUUCCAAGAAUCUGUUGGACGCCAUGAAGGGUACUUACUAGGGUACAUUGAACUUACUAGGGCAAGGGUACUUACUAGGGUCUUUUGAAUCUAGGCAAAGCUGUAUAGCUACUAUAAAGUACAGUGAUUAAUGCACGUCUUAUAGGUAGGCGCUCACAAUGUAUUUUUGGAAAUACAUUUUUUUUUUCGGGAAAUAAAAAUAACUCCUACGCUAUAAUUUUAGCACUUAACAAUUAUUUUAUUGCCACACCGUUAAAUAAUCAUACUUACGACAAAAAUGUGUAUGAUAACACCUAUAUUAUAGUUUAUACUUAUAGUAAUUAAUGUGCAAUUAAAUAAUAUAUACCCACCUAUACAAUCUUAGAUAGCGGUUAUGGCUAUGUAAGCUAUGGUAUCUUACGAUUCACUCUUUUCAUCCAAAAGUCGUGUUAUAUUUUUCAUUGCACCUAAUUAUAAAAACACAUCAAUAUUUUCA